ACAACAAACAUUUCCACAUUUUCAACGGAUGGCCAGAAACUGUCAUGUUUACGAGCAAGCUACAUUUAUAACAAAACAUUUAUCUCGUAUUAUCUUUGACAUUUCUUAACAACAAACUACAAACGUUAGAGCGACACGUUCAUUCUGCGUUGACCUGGACACCAAUAAUAAUCGAGGACCAUGAGACUGGGAUCCAGCUCCACAAACUCAUGGAGCAGCUCUCAUACCCGCCGGUACCGCACGCGGGCCCCCACCUCUCAGGUGGACGAAACCCUGUUUGGGAGCCAAAAGUCGGACAAACAUGUAAACUCAACCUCCAAGGCCAAGAAUCAGUCCCAGAAGAACCAGGGUGGAGAGGCUGUUCAAAUCAUCACCAAAGACCUCAUUCGCAAUCUGAGGAUCCCAUUUAAGGAUCCUUCAGGACGAUCCAUCAUCCUACCAUCAGAUGAGUUUGAGCGGAUCACCUUAGCAUCUCGGGUUGUCACCAAAGAGGAGAGGGAGGCCUUGAAAGAGGCUUAUCAGAGGAAGAAAGAAGAGGAAAUCAAAGCUGUAGAGGAAAGAAAGCAUCAAAUCUAUGAAGCAGAUGUGUCCCGUAAGGAGAACCAGCCACUGACUGAGUUGGAGCUAGAGUCCCUGGAGCGUGAGCAGCACUUGGUGGAGCAGGCCAACGCCUUAAGGAUGGAGCAAGAGGAUGAGAUCAAAAUGCUCAACCAGCUGAUUCUAGAUGUUCAGUGUCAAGCCACACGUGACGCCCAGAUCCAGGAGAAGAAACAGAUCCAGCGGGAGUUGUCAGAGGAGGAGAAGCGUCUGGAUGCCAUGAUGGAGGUGGAACGGCGCAAGGCCCUGGAGACAAUGGAGCUAAUUGAUGAGCUAUACAAACAACAGAGGAUCAGUGGAAUGCAGCAAAUUCACAGCCAGAUCCAGCAACAUCUUGAGGAGAAGCAAGUGGAGGAGGAAAUGAAAGAGCAAGAGAGACAGCAGAUACGAGAGAAGCAGGAGAAAAUGAACCUGGAAGACCUCAAGGCCCUGGAGAAGAAGAGGGAGGAGCAACAGCAUCUGCAGGAGGAGAUCAUGCGUAUCAAUGCUGAGACCAUGCGAGCCAAGGAGCAGAGGAAAGAGGAGGAGAAGCUGGCUGACAUGAGAGAUGUGGAAUACAUCCGAAUCAAACUGCAGCGGGAGGCAGAACAUGAAGCGGAGCAGAGACGAAUCAAGAAGGAGAAGGAGUUGGAGAUUGCCAGACUGAGGGCCAGGCAAGAAAAAGCAAAAGACUACAAGGCUGAACAGGAUGAGCUCCGUGCUCGGAGGAACCAAGAAAUCACAGACAGAGAAUGGAGGAGAAAAGAGAGAGAGCUGGGUUUAAAGAAAGCGCAGAAGGAAGCGAUGCUGAGAAAAGCUCGAUUGGAGCAGGUUCAGUGCAAGGAGCAUUUCCUGUCGAUCGAGGCUGGCCGGGAGAAGGCAGAGUUUGAGAGGGUGCUGAAGGUGCAACAGGAAGCGAUCAUCAGACAGAAGGAGGAGGAGGAGAAGCAGCGUCAGAAAGCGCACAGUCAAGCAGAGGCUAUCCGAAAUCAGGUGAAGGAACGUGAGCUCUCAGCCAUAGCAAAGCGCAGAGAGAUCUUCAAGGAGGCUGAUCGGUUGGUCGAGGAAGCACGGCAGAGACGCAUGCGCCUUGAUGAGAUCAAAGAGAAGAAGCUGAUGGAGCUCAAGGCUACAGGACUCCCUGAAAUAUACUGCAGUGAAGUGGAAAGGAAGGCUUUAAAUGGUUUAAAGUCAUCAGAUUUUACAGGGCCUCCCAGAAGAACACGUUUCAAGGAGUAAUGCAACUUCAACAUAUAUAACAUACUAAUAAAGAUUUCUCUUGCACUUUCA